GAGAGAAAGAGGGUUGGGUUGCGUUUGGGAGGAAGAAAUUAAAGCGUACAUGUCAACUACACGUUUCACUGGCAUCUUUCAAAGGAAUAUGCAACCAAUUAAAUACUUUCCAAAGUAUUGGUCAGGAUGCCCAAACUGGAGGGGUUUGAUUUCUGGAGGACAACACUAAAUGGUGCACGAUAUGUGGUUGCUCCAAUGGUGGAUCAGAGUGAGCUUGCAUGGAGGUUGCUUAGUCGUCGCCAUGGUGCCCAUCUCUGUUACACUCCCAUGCUUCAUGCUCAGGUGUUUGUGCGGGAUGCAAACUACAGAAAGGAGAACCUAUACAAUGAGACGAAUGCAGAAGAUCGACCACUCGUUGUUCAGUUCUGUGCAAAUGACCCAGAAGUGUUUGUCCAAGCCUGUUUGCUCGCUCAGGAUUACUGCAAUGCCAUUGAUCUCAACCUGGGCUGUCCACAGAUGAUUGCAAAACGAGGGCAUUAUGGAGCAUUUCUACAGGAAGAAUGGGACUUGCUACACAAAAUGCUUUCUGAGGCACAUAAGAGAAUCUCUGUUCCCAUCACAUGCAAAAUCCGUGUCUUCCCAGAAGUCAGUAAAACUGUGCAAUAUGCAAAGAUGCUGGAGAAAGCAGGUUGCCAGCUGCUAACUGUUCAUGGUCGUACAAAGGAACAAAAGGGGCCCCUGACUGGAGUAGCUGAUUGGGAACACAUAAAAGCUGUGAGGAAAGAAGUGAACAUUCCAGUUUUUGCAAAUGGCAAUAUCCAGUACUUAAGCGAUGUGGAACGAUGCUUUCGGGAAACUGAUGUACAAGGUGUAAUGAGUGCAGAGGGGAAUCUGCACAACCCAGCUCUUUUUGAGGGCCGAAAGCCACCUGUGUGGGAGAUGACAGAGGAGUAUUUAGAGAUUGUCAGCCAGUACCCUUGUCCACUUUCAUUUGUCAGGGCUCAUCUCUUCAAACUCUGGCAUCACACGUUACAGGUUUACCAUGAAUUAAGAGAGGAAUUAGCAAAAGUGAAAACUCUGGAGGCCAUUGUAGAGGUCAACAAAGAACUCAAACGAAGAUGUCAGGAUGAAAUAUCUAAUCUAAAGGAAGAAGAAGCUAGAGAAAACCAUUUGCCUCUUCCUCACUGGAUUUGUCAACCAUAUGUCCGGCCAGGACCCAAGGAUAUUAAUUCUCAAAAUGGAGAACAACCUUCUGGUGGGAAAUCCAGUGGAAAAAGAGCACUGGAAGAGGAGGAUGGGAAUCCUGAAUUUCUUUCAAAGAAUAAACAGAAAAAGAAAGCACGAAAUCCCAAAAAAAAUUUUGAUACCUCAGUGAAACCUAAAUAUGUGAAAUGUGAACAGUGUGGGAAUCCAAAGGGAACAAAAUGUAUUUUCAACUUAUGUCGUGGAUGCUGUAAGAAGAAAGCGUUCAAAGAACUGGCUGACUGUGCAGGUCAUGGAUUACUCUUCAAAACUAAACAUGAGAAGAGGUUGAAAUGGAAAUUAUUGGAAGAGGGAAUACUGGAGAAUGGAGACAGAAUUCAUGAACAUUUGGAUUCCUGAAGAAAUUGUCCAUCCCAUUGAAUUUUAAUGGGAAUUUGGUUUGUCGCACACACAUAAAAAUAUAUUUAUGCACAGGGCUCAAGGUUAAUUCUUCUUUCACCAUUCAAGUAUUAGUUAUUUUUGAACUAUGGUAAGAAGCAUACUAGUCAACUAACUGCAUUUAUCUCAUUGUGAUAUUUGCACAGUAUUCCCAUGUCCCAGUUGACUAAUUUUGGUUUCCUGGUUGCCUCUCUGAUUUUAAUACUUAGCUGUUGAGCUAAUGAAGAGAACAUUAAUCAACAAAAUAUGCUUCCAAUAACUAUUUUAAAUGCCUUCCUUGCUGUAGUCCUUGGAGAAUAAAAAUCCAAAGGAAAGGUAAAAUAAUCAGUCCAAUAACAGAUGAAAUGGUCUCCAAACUGAUAAAUUAUAAUAAAUUUUCCCUAGGCCUCAGUAUCUGCUAGAUUUCAGCUAAUCAUUCUUAAUCUUUUAAAGACAUUUGCAAGAAGGAAUUUUGCAGUGUAUAAUUUCCAUCCAUGGCAGUUUGUAAAAGAUGCUUCCCACACAUAAUUGACCCAAUGACAUUUUAAAGAAAGUAGAACAUUUUGGUAUUAUCUUAGGUGACACUGCAGUCUCCAAGGAGUUCAUCAGCACUAAGCACUAGUUUUGGGAAUUGUCAUGACCUCUGCUGUACUGAACACUUGAGCCCCUCUGUGCAAGGCUUGCUAUUUCAAGAAAACCUGCCAGGAAUGCAAACAAAGGUCUGAUGGCAGUGUAUGCUUGAAGUUACUCUAUUUCUGUCUUUUGCUAUUAUAAAUAUUGAUGUCCACUGGGCAUUGCCAAUGACAAUAAUUGAGCAAAUUAUUUUAUGACUGAGCUUAACAGAUGAGAUUCUUUUCCUUAAAACUGAGUGGCAUCAAAGAAAUGUAAAUGCCAUCUUAAAAUAAGUACAUAGUAUUAAGUUGUUAAAUUAUUGCUAGUACAGUAAUUGGAGUAAUCUGAAAAUGGAGUACAAUCAAUUCCUACAAAAAAAAACUACAAUGUAUUUGAUAGGUGGCAGCUGACCGAACAUAUAAAUCUCAGAAAUAACAAUCUUUAUGAUGGAAACGGAUGUAUCAGUUUACCUUUUAAGACUUCUAUGUUCUGAUUUUUAUUUUUAUUGCAUAACAUUUGAUUCAUGACUGUACAGUAUGGUUGGUUAUAGGAUAAACAUGAGCAGAAGUUCUCUGUGCUGGAAGUGACUUCUGUGUAAUGUCUUUUAAUGCAUGCAGGUCAAAAGUUCUUGCCUGAGCUUUUUUUUUAAUAAUCCAUUUGACCCUGAAGCUUUGAGUGCAUCAUCACUAUUAGAGAAGGAUAAAGCAAAAUCAUGUAACUUCAUUCAAUUCAUGUUAUUAUAGGUACUCUGAUCACUAGCCACAAUUCUCACAAGGGUCUGCAAUGGUUUUUCUUGCCAUUAAAAUAACUAGCAAUGUAAAAAGCUGCUGGUAUUCCAGAUACAAGCAUGUGCUCAGUGUCUUAGAGGGUGAGAUUCAUCAACAGUGAUGCCAAACAGGCUGUUAGUAAAUUAAAAAAGGAGAAUUGGAUUGAAUCUCUACCAACUUCCUCAUUUGCUUCCAGCCCAUUUUUCCUUGCAUACCCUCAUUUAAUAUUCCUUGCCCUUUGAAUCUGGGCAAAUACAAUUGAGCAUGAAGCCUUUGAGGAAAAUUGUGAGAUUUUAUUAAGACUGGAUCUGAAGUUUUAUUUUAUUUUUACAUAGGCAUUCAGUGACAGGAAUAACGAAAUUUGCUGAAUUAAGGAAUUUCUAAAACCACGUCUUAAACGAUAUUUUCUGUGCAAGUUUAAAGGAAACAUUUUGUUAGAUUGGCAGAACUGUUUAAUGGUAAAUUUGUAAUAUUUGUGACUGUUAAUAUUUUCUUUGGAAUUAUUUAA